AUGAUUCAUGCAGAUCGUAUGCCUGCCAAUGCACAUAAAGGACGUUUCAAUGCACCAUCAGCCAACGAGGUGGCUCUGGUGAUUGUAGGACAGCAGUUUCAGCAGAGAGACAUCAUCCUUGAAAGCCGCAAUGCAAAACAGCAACGAAUAAGCGAACUCCAUAGGGCAUAUGAUGCCCUGCAAUAUCCUCCCAUGUUUUGCUAUGGGGAAGAUGGAUAUUCAGUUGAUGUACUUCAGCAAGAUACUGCUGAUAAGUUGGGGCCUACUACUAAAUUACCUGUCAAGAAAACUGUUUCUGCAGCUCAGUUUUAUUCCUGGCGUAUAAUGUUACGAGAUACAGAAGAAAAUUAUCUGUUACGCUACUGUGCUCUUCUAAGUCAAUUUUUAGUUGAUGAGUAUGCUAAGAUAGAAACUGAAAAACUGAAUUUUCUCAAAUACAAUCAAAGCAAACUGAGAUCAGAGGAAUACAUUCAUUUAAGAGAUGAAGUAGGAAGGUAUGAUGCUGAUCAAAUAGGACAGAGAGUGGUAUUACCAUCAUCGUUUAUCGGUGGACCCCGUUACAUGCACGAACGAGCUCAAGAUGCCAUGUCAUAUGUACGUCAUUAUGGAAGUUCAGAUUUAUUUAUAACUUUCACGUGUAACCCAAAAUGGAAAGAGAUUCAGCGAGAAUUGUAUCCCGGACAGAAGCAUUAUCAACGUCAUGACAUCAUUGCGAGAGUUUUCCAUAUGAAAGUGAAGGAGUUUAUGGAUCUUAUAGUUAAAGGACAAGUUUUUGGUAAAGUUCGGUGUCACAUGUUAUCUGUAGAGUGGCAAAAACGAGGGUUGCCCCAUAUUCAUUGCCUGCUGUGGCUGGAAGAAGCCAUUACUGCUGAUAUGGUUGAUAAAGUUGUGUGUGCUGAAAUUCCAGAUGUUGAUCGUGAUCCCCUUCUCUAUGAUAUUGUUAAGGCUAAUAUGAUUCAUGGGCCAUGCGGAAGAGUAAAUACAUUUUCUCCUUGCAUGAAAGAUGGUUGCUGCACAAAACGAUAUCCUCGCCCUUUCGUCCAAGAAACGCAGAGGGGACUAGAUGGUUAUCCUUUGUAUCGUAGGAGAACUCCAGAGGACGGUGGUUUCACAGUUAAUCUUAAAGGAUUUCAGUUAGAUAACAGAUGGGUUGUACCAUACAAUCCCGUUUUGUUGCGUACUUUUGAAUCUCAUAUCAAUGUUGAGAUAACGAAUUCCGUAAAAUCCAUAAAGUAUGUUUGCAAAUACAUCACUAAAGGAAAUGAUCAAGCAGCCUUCAUUUUAAAGAAUGAUAAAGAUAUUGAUGAGAUAGAGAUAUACGAAUCUGGCAGAUAUAUCAGCAGUUCAGAAGCAGUGUGGAAAAUAUUGGGAUUUCCUAUUCAUGAGAGAUACCCUGCAGUAAUUCAUCUUGCUGUGCAUCUGGAAAAUGGCCAACGUGUUUACUUCACCGCACAAAAUAUUCAUAACAAAGUUGUAAAACCUCCAGAGACAACACUUUCGGCAUUCUUCAACCUUUGCAAAAUUGAUGAGUUUGCCAGAACACUUCUGUAUGUUGAAGUUCCUUCGUAUUAUGUGUGGCAACAGAAUAAAAAGUUUACAAGACGUAGGCGGGGAGAGAAAAUUGAUCAAUGGCCAGGGAUAAAGAAAGAUUCUGCUUUAGGACGCGUUUACACAAUUCAUCCUAACAAUGUUGAGUGUUACCACCUACGCCUCCUCCUCCAUCAUGUUAGAGGUCCAACAUCUUUUUCUUAUUUAAAAACUGUAAGCAAUGUUGAAUACCCUACAUUCAAAGCUGCAUGCAUGGCAAUGGGAUUGCUCGAGGAUGAUAAACAGUGGCAAUACACUAUUGAGGAAGCUAUUUUAAGCAGCUCAUCAUUCAAACUGCGAGAACUUUUUUCAGUGAUCUUGGUAUUUUGUCAUCCCUCUGAUCCACGAAGCCUUUGGGAAAAGUACAAGGACAGUUUUUCAGAAGACAUCCAGUUUCAGCAUGAAAGACAACUGCAAGACUCCGCUCUUUCAACUAAGGACAAAGCGUACAACCAAUGCUUGAUUCUGAUUGAAGACACUGUUCAGACUCUGGGAGGUCAGCGCUUAAUGGAUUAUGGUUUACCUCAGCCUGAGCGAUUUGAGACUAAUUUGCAAAACAGAGAGUACAUGCGAGAAACAAAUUUUGAUCUUGAAGAUUUGAAGAAAAAAGUACAUAAUGCUGAAGCCUCUCUAACAGGCGAACAGUCCAGCGUAUAUCAAAAGGUCCUCAACAGCCUCGAGUCUGGAGACGGAUUAUAUCCUGAAUGUGCUGGCAAAAUUAUUAUACCCCACGCACUCGCUACGAUAGUAACGGAAUUGCCAGAUCUCAUCGCCAAGAUUUAUCCUGAUGUUGCUGAUAUAAAAAAUAAGCCCAUUGAAUGGUUGUGCGAGCGUGCCAUCUUAUCUCCAAAAAAUGAUACAGCCGCAGAAGUCAACAGCAUCUUAUUAAAGUCGUUUACUGGAGAAGAUAUUUACUACAAAUCUUUUGAUACAACAACAAAUCGUGAUGAUGCAGUGCACCUUUGGGAAAAGUACAAGGACAGUUUUUCAGAAGACAUCCAGUUUCAGCAUGAAAGACAACUGCAAGACUCCGCUCUUUCAACUAAGGACAAAGCGUACAACCAAUGCUUGAUUCUGAUUGAAGACACUGUUCAGACUCUGGGAGGUCAGCGCUUAAUGGAUUAUGGUUUACCUCAGCCUGAGCGAUUUGAGACUAAUUUGCAAAACAGAGAGUACAUGCGAGAAACAAAUUUUGAUCUUGAAGAUUUGAAGAAAAAAGUACAUAAUGCUGAAGUCUCUCUAACAGGCGAACAGUCCAGCGUAUAUCAAAAGGUCCUCAACAGCCUCGAGUCUGGAGACGGAUUAUAUCCUGAAUGUGCUGGCAAAAUUAUUAUACCCCACGCACUCGCUACGGUAGUCACGGAAUUGCCAGAUCUCAUCGCCAAGAUUUAUCCUGAUGUUGCUGAUAUAAAAAAUAAGCCCAUUGAAUGGUUGUGCGAGCGUGCCAUCUUAUCUCCAAAAAAUGAUACAGCCGCAGAAGUCAACAGCAUCUUAUUAAAGUCGUUUAUUGGAGAAGAUAUUUACUACAAAUCUUUUGAUACAACAACAAAUCGUGAUGAUGCAUGGGUAAUGUGA